UAUCAUCUCUGCUUACACUCCUUGAAUGUACACAUGUACAGUGCGGGAUGAAGUGUGUGUGUGUGUGUGGGGGGGAGGUGUUCCUGGUUUGAAUUCUGAUCCAUCAGUCUGCGUUUGCUUUGGCUGGCAGUGCUGUUGUUGCCAUGCCAAUGCCUAGUAGCGCUAAUUAGUCCACUCACUAGCUACCUUCCAGAUAUGCUCACCAGGCAAUAAAGGAUACACAGCGACUGCUCCAAUGGUAGCCAGACUGGGGCAAUUAAGCAUGUACCAUCCAGCAGGUGCUAUGCAAAAACAAACAGUGGAGGAGUGGCCAAAGUCCUGAGAGGACAGAUGCUGCCAUUAGUAUUGUCAUGGUCACAGUUUCCUACCUGGGCUAUUAAUGAGGGAGAGAAAGACAAAAUGAAGGAAGCAAGGAGUCAGACCAAACAGAUAUUUGUUGUCCCUCCUGUUGGUGAGUUUUCCCUGCCUACUACAGGCAGCACAAAAGACACAGAAAGAUAACAAAGGACAGGAGGAGACAGAAGUGGAGAAAUGAGAGAGAGGAAAUAUGAGUUGCAUUGUUGUGUUGCAUUGGCUUUUGUGAGUCCAAUUAGUCAAACACAGAGGUAUAAAGGGGGAAAAAGAGAAAGAGAAGACAGUUUAAAAGAGCAGCAGGGGGAGGGGUGGGGGGAUGGAUAGCGGGCAGGGUAGCUACUGGAGGCAGAUACAGGGAGAGGGAGGAAGCAAGACAGAGAGACAGACCGACAGAAAAAGAAGCACAGCAGAGAGAAGAGAGGCGGAGGCAGCACAGCAGUGUCAGUAUCUCUCUUGCUCCCUCCAGGCUCUGUGACUGCAUGCUUUCUACCAGUCAAAUUUCCAUGUUGAAGGGACUAACUAACAAGCAUCCUUGAAUGAUUGCUUACUACACUCAGGGUUAUCGCCUAUGGGCUCAACGUUACCUUUGGGGAUUGAGAAUACAAAGCCUUACAGGAAAGGAAAGCGCUCUGACAGAGCCAAGAAUCACCGAGGAAUGGUCUUUGCAAAGAGGAUCAGAGAUGGCAUGUGACUAAGGAGGAACAAAAGGAAAGGUGACGACGAUGAUAGGAUAUGACAUCAUUCUCGAUUCCUCUCUGGCAGUCCAUGAAGGAUAAAAAGGGGAGUGCAAAGGCUGUGAAUGUCCAAGAGUCAAGGGAUGAGUCUCUUUGAGUGGUCUCUUAGGACUGUAUAUGUCCUACGUCCAGGUUUCUGACCUGUGGUGCAACUUGGCCUCCCCUUGGAUCACCUGAAUGUGAAGGAUUUAACUGGGUCGAGUCCAGAGGAACAACCAAACAAGUUUGUUUCCUAUUACUAUUGGGAACCUUCCCUCGAUUUGGUCAUCUCUACGUUCUUCCUUCAAUUGUCUCUGGAAUAUGAAAAUACAAACCUGGUGUCAAAGUGCUACGGACCAUAUCGGGAUGAGUGUGAUAGACAUACAAUACCUGAAAAGUGGAGAGAAGUGGAGACAGGAGUAUUGUUCUGGCACUGGCAUCAUUUUCAAGUGGGGAUGAGACUGUAGGCAACGGUCCAAGCACAACAGACAAUGAUGAGACAGAGCUAUGCAUGAAAGAAAGCAUUGAUCUUAGUGCAAUGCACUGAUGUUGCAAACCACAUGUCCCCCAACGAGGGGCGGGUGUGUAUUGCUUUCUGUGUUUCACAAACAGACUUUUCUCUUUGCUUGAGUGGAGCCAGUAUCCCCAAAGCUAAAGCUCACAGAAGACUUGACAAGUCCGUCAAAUUCUCUUACACAGAGAAUGCUGUAAAUCAAGGGGAUGAAGUGAAGAUUGAUCUUGUGAAGUCAGAAUAUGGUGGGAUGGUUUGAUAUGCUCCACCAAGUUCCUUGUGGCCACUACUAUUGCUGCUGAGCUGGAGAGGACACUGCUGGGAGGGAGUGGCCUCUUCCUCCCAUUAGGAUAAUGCACACAUCCCCAAUGCGGAUCUCUGCAGCCACCAUGAGCAACAUGACGGUGCUUGACACUGCUGACCCCUAUGACCUUGACAUGACCUCUGACAAGGCCAUCUACCCCAUCAGCUUCCAGGUUUCUCUGACAGGUUUCCUGCUUUUGGAGAUAAUUUUGGGCUUGAGCUCCAACCUCACUGUGCUUGUCCUGUACUGUAUGAAACAGAACCUCAUCAGCUCCGUCUCCAACAUCAUCACUAUGAACCUGCAUGUGGUGGAUGUGUUGGUGUGUGUAUGCUGCAUCCCGCUGACAGCAGUGGUGGUGUUACUUCCUCUGGAGGCCGACACAGCCAUGAUCUGCUGUUUCCAUGAAGCCUGUGUCUCCUUUGCAAGUGUAGCUACUGCUGCUAAUGUCUUGGCCAUCACUGUAGACCGCUAUGACAUCUCAGUGCGACCAGCAAAUCGUGUGCUUACGAUGGGCCGAGCUGUGGCUCUAAUCGGAUCCAUCUGGGUUCUGUCUUUUUUCAGUUUCCUGGUUCCCUUUAUGGAAGUAGGCUUUUUCAUCAACUACAGUUCAGACCUUGUGAACCAGACUGCAGUGGUCACAGUGACUCAUACAAAUGAAUACUACACAGAGCUGGGUUUGUAUUAUCACCUGCUGGCACAGAUCCCUAUAUUCUUUUUUACAGCUGUGGUCAUGCUAGUGACUUACUACAAGAUCCUUCAGGCGCUUAACAUCCGCAUUGGAACACGCUUUCAGCACAACCUACCUAAAAAGAAGCAAAAGAGCAAAAACGCUAUCUCUUUGAGCACUGCAACACAAGCAGAGUCGACUGACGCUUCACAGAGCAGCACAGGAGUCAGGGCAGGUGGGAGUGCACCUUUGGGCAUGCGGACAUCAGUGUCAGUCAUUAUUGCUUUAAGACGAGCAGUAAAGCGUCAUCGAGAGAGACGGGAGAGGCAGAAACGAGUCUUCAGGAUGUCCCUUCUCAUCAUCUCCACAUUCUUACUUUGCUGGACUCCAAUAACUGUGCUGAACACCAUCAUCCUCAGCACUGGACCCAGUGAUUUAACUGUUCGCCUUCGCUUGGGCUUCUUGGUGAUGGCCUAUGGAACCACUAUCUUUCACCCACUUCUUUACGCCUUUACUCGACAGAAGUUCCAAAAGGUUUUAAAAAGCAAGAUGAAGAAGAGGGUGGUGUCUGUAGUAGAAGCUGAACCUACACCAAACAAUGUAGUCAUCCAUAACUCAUGGAUUGACCCCAAGAGACACAAGAAGGUUACCUUUGAGGACACGGAAGCCAGACAAAAAUGCCUGUGCUCACAUGACGCAGAGUAAUGGGAUCAACUCAAAUGUAAAUACGUCAAAAAUGUAGAGUAAAUGGCAACAGGUUACAUUCCACUCAUAAAAAUCCAGCAACACACUAUAGCAGAAACAUUUUUUAAAGCAGUAUUUUCUAUAUGCAGUGUAUAUACAGUAUAUAGAUUAAAUGCAGUAUAUUGCUAACUGUCAUAUAUUAUAUAUAUCAUUAACAGGGUUGCAGCAAUAUACCGGUUUCAAGGUAUACCAUGAUCUAAAAGUUGACGGUUGUCAUACAUGUACAUUUGCUUAUCUACGAGAAAAACGUAUCUGGGCAGAGAAUCUCCCCUUUAUUUUAGUUAUUUUCUAUGGGGAGACUUUUUAAACAUACUUUCGUUAACAAAAUGGUUUCAAGUUUCAAUUACAGAAAUAAAACAAUUACACAAUAAAACAAACACAGAACCAACAAUAACCCUUUUGUUUUCAUUCCUUUCUGGGUCAUUCUGACUGAUAAUGAUAUAAACUCUGUAAUACUGUGAUACCAUGAAACCACGCUAUUUUCUCAGAUGGUUAUCGUACCAUGAAUAUCUCAUACCGUUGCAACCCUAAUCAUUAACAAUGGAGUACAACAAUCCUGGGCAGCUUAGUAAAUUAAUACUAAAAUGAUGACCUCAAAAAAAGAUCAGAGAAAUAUAGAGAAAAAGACGAGCAGUUUCCUUAAAAUAAACCUCACAUGUAAAAAGGGAAACUACCUGCAAAUGAAUGUGUACCAAAAAAAGGGAUUGUAUUAUCAGUUGAUUUUCUUCCUUAGUACGAAAAAUCUUAGUCUCAAAAUAGGUGUCAUAGGCAAACAAAGAGGGUAAUUUCUUGCUAUUUCUUAUUAAGCGUUGUGGAGUGCUAUCAAGGACAAUUUAUUCAUAACCUUUUAUCAAAGCAGCAGUGUGUGUUUUUCUCUUGUUGGCAUACAGUAAGACAAAAAGGUGAAUGUACAGUUAUAGAAUAUCUUGAUAUUGUUUGUCACCAUUUUUAAUAAAAAAAAAGGGAAAAAUGUUGUUUCUCCCUCACUUUCCUUAGAGAUGUCCCCUCUUUCUGAUUUAUCAUUUAAUAAGUGUUCAAAUCUAUUGUUCAACCUACGGUCACUCUGUGUUUAGAGAAUCUGUUGGGGUUUUUUUUGCAAGAAAAUAAUAUCUAUUAUUGAAGUAUCAAAAGGAAAGAUGAGCAUUCCGUUUCUCCUACCAA